GACAGGAGGAGAGGAGGUGAGGAGGGCGCUGCUGGUGGGGGGACAUUCACUCAUUGUUACCAACUCGAGGAGUAGCGACGGAGACCUCGUUGGUGCACGUGAAUUUCGGGGAGAACAUUCAGAUUUUCAUCGUUAUUUUCUUUUCAUUUUUGGGGGGAGCAUCGUUGUUGUCCAGUGAGGAAGAAGAAGGAGGAGUGUGAGUCUCCACAGCAUCUCUCAGGUGACGGAGGUGUAGCUGCUGACUGGUAUCUCCACAGCAAUGGAUGCCGCCAGCUUCAGUCAUGGCUGUGUUGGACUCUGCUGCCCAACCCUGCCUUUUCCUGUGUGAUUUAAACAAGAGGAGCCCUGCGACUUCCCUUCCCUGGUGAAUGACCCUCAUGCUAAGGGAGCUCAACCUCUCAACACAUCCUCGGUUUCACGGAAUAGAAAUGGAUCUCCUCUGGGUGCUAUCGGUGUCCAUGCUAACGGCGUGUGUGGCCAUUCCUAUGGAUGCAGCUGCAGGGAGUCACAGCCUCUUCACCUGUGAACCCAUCACCUUGCGUAUGUGUCAGGGGCUUCCAUACAAUUCCACUUUCAUGCCCAACAUAAUGAACCACUACGACCAGCAGACGGCUGCUCUUGCCAUGGAGCCGUUUCAUCCCAUGGUGAACCUGCAGUGCUCUCAGAACCUCAGGAUGUUCCUGUGCGCGCUCUACACGCCGGUGUGCACGGAGUACGGCAGGAUGACUCUGCCCUGCCGCCGCCUCUGUCUGCAGGCCAAGAGCGACUGCUACAAACUCAUGGACAUGUUUGGUAUCAGCUGGCCGGAGGAGAUGGACUGCAACAGGUUCCCAGACUGUGACGAGUCCUACCCCCGUUCUGUUGACCUCCUGUCCAGCUCAGACACGACUGAGUCCGCCAUCUCUGUCCAGAGGGACUACGGCUUCUGGUGUCCUCGCGAGCUAAAAAUCGACCCAGAGUUGGGAUACUCCUUCAUGGGGGUCCGGGACUGCUCCCCCCCGUGUCCCAACAUGUAUUUCACCCGUGAAGAGCUGGCGUUUGCCCGCUACUUCAUCGGGGUGGUGUCCAUCGUCUGCCUGUCCGCCACCCUCUUCACCUUCCUGACCUUCCUCAUUGAUGUGUCGCGGUUCCGCUACCCGGAGCGGCCCAUCAUAUUUUACGCCGUGUGCUACAUGAUGGUGUCUCUGGUGUUUUUUCUGGGGUUCCUGCUGGAGGACAAGGUUUCCUGCAACGCAGCGACUCCCGGGAGGUUCAGGGCUUCAACUGUGACUCAAGGCUCCCACAACAAGGCCUGCACGCUUCUCUUCAUGGUGCUGUACUUCUUCACCAUGGCUGGCAGCGUCUGGUGGGUCAUUCUGACCAUCACCUGGUUCCUGGCUGCCGUUCCCAAGUGGGGCAGUGAGGCGAUAGAGAAGAAGGCCCUCCUCUUCCAUGCCUGCGCCUGGGGCAUCCCCGGUGUCCUCACCGUCACUCUGCUCGCCAUGAACAAGAUUGAAGGAGACAGCGUCAGUGGCGUUUGCUUCGUGGGCCUUUACAACUUGAUGGCACUGCGCUGGUUCCUGCUGGCCCCACUGGGCCUGGAUGUUGUGGUGGGCGUUGUGCUCUUGCUGGCAGGCAUCGCCGCACUCAACCGUGUCCGCAUGGAGAUCCCGCUGGAGAAGGAGAACCAGGAGAAGCUGGUGAAGUUCAUGAUUCGUAUUGGGGUCUUCUCCGUGCUCUACCUGGUUCCUCUGCUGACCGUCUUGGCUUGUUACCUCUACGAGAGCAGCUACAGAAGCAUCUGGGAGACAACCUGGGUCCAGGAGAAGUGUAGAGACUACCACAUCCCCUGUCCCUUUCAGGUGGAGCGCACCAGUCGGCCAGACCUGGUCCUGUUCCUCAUUAAGUACCUGAUGAUGCUGAUCGUGGGGAUCCCCUCUGUGUUCUGGGUGGGCAGCAAGAAGACCUGCUUCGAGUGGGCCAGUUUCUUCCACGGGAAAAGACGCAAAGAAGCAUUAACCCCCUCUCCCACUGCCUGCUCCACCCACUCCUCCAUCCUCUCCUUCCACACCCGCCUCCCUGGCACCUUCCCCCUCUCCCUCUCCACCCUCAUGCGUCUCUCCCUGCCUACACCUCCCUUCUUCUCCUCCUCUUCCUCCACCUCCUCCUCCUCCCCCCCCUGCUGCAGUGGGAUGGUCAAUGACAGCCGACAGGUUCUUCAGGAGCCCGACUUCACCCAGCUGCUGUUCAGAGACCCCAACACCCCCAUCGUCAGGAAGUCGAGGGGCACCUCCACUCAGGGGACCUCCACCCAUGCCUCCUCCACCCACCUGGCCAUGCUGGACGAGCCCCCCAGUGCCAGCACCAGCCGGGCCGGCUCAGUACGGAGCGCACGCUCCAAGAUGAGCAGUUACCAUGGCAGCCUGCACCGCUCCAGAGACGGCAGAUACACGGCCUCCAGUUUCCGGGCACCAGACGAGCGGCUGCUGUACGGCAGCAUGCCGCGCCUCAACGACCAGUCCAAACACGGCAGCACCGACCGGCUGGACAGCCCCUCCAGACACGGCUCCACCCUGAGGCUGGAGAGCCAAUCCCGGCACAGCAGCAUCAGGGACCUGAGCACGGCCCCGCAGGCUACAUUCGGACCAGGAAACGGGAUCCACAGGGUGCUGGAGGAGGACGGCUCUACGGCUUGAACCGGAAUUUGAACGGAUGACGGAGAAACCAGACUCAGCUGACAAAUGUGUUUCUAGGAAGUAAAGAAUGUGAGGAUCCAGGAGCCGGCCCAGGUUCCCAGUCCUGGUUACACUUCUGUUGACUGGUGGAGGGGAGCGGGGGAAAUCUAUCUUUGCCUUAAGAUGUCCUCUCAGCUGAUCCCAAAAAUCAAACUUCAACAAUUUGUUGAUCCCAAAUAAAUUGUUGCCAGUUUACAUAAAUAAAGUGGAUUCUGUGGUUUUGAUGGUGUCGUGUGGAAAGCUAAUGCAGGAAGAUGAAGGAUUUACUGUUGGACCUACUUUUUGUAUUUGACCCUUACGCCCUCCUCGGGCAUGUUUGUACAUUUUCUCAACUUUAUUUUUUAUUUGGUGAUGAUUUUUACUGUUAUGACUAGUGGCAUGAACUUUUUUUUUUGCUCACAUUUUUUAAAUCCUCUCAUGUCUUUUAUAUUCUGUUGAUGCAUUUUGCACCUUCUGGUGAUUUCAUGGCCAAAAAUGUCCAUGACUAAAAAUAAAAAAAAAACAAACUUAAACAUAAAUAUUUUUUUUUUUCAUAAAUCACUCAAAAAACUUCAUACCCACUUAAAACUUACAUUUUUAGGAUCUUAAUUUAUUUUUUAAUCUUGCAUUAGAAAUCACUCUUGGCGCCCCCUGGUGGACAGACAGCGGAUUAAUAAAACCGGUAAAAAUACAAGAACUUUCUUCCAUUGCCUACAAUUAGAAAACAUUUUAAUCUGACGUAUCACUACUAUUCUUCUAAAUAAAAGCCCAACAUUACAGAAUUAACAUUUUUAAACUAAUGACAGAUUAAAAUAUGUUUUAAUGAGACAUUUUUGGCACCAAGGCAUCUAACUGAAGAACUG